AUGAAACUGAUACCGACAGGUCUAGUUCUCUUAAUUAUUGUCCACGAAGUCCGUAGCUGGGAUCCUGAUGCUGGACUGGUUACGUCAUGGACAAAGAGAGCCGGAGUCACUGUGAACUCGUCAACUGGUAACAAUCCCGGCCUCGUUUUGGAUGGCAAUGACGAUACACACUGGUCUUCCGGUUCCUGUCUUCCAACAGGAUUCAUAUCACGUCCGAGUAUGAACGUUUUGCUCAAUCUUUGCCAAACGUCUGCUUGUCGAGUGAAUGGAGCACCAGACCAUGACUUACGCCUGUUGACAGACAGCAGUAUGUACACUACAAGUCUAGUAGGCAUCGGACAAAAUCAUAGAGCAGAGAUCAUAAUAGACACGAGUGGUGAAGACAUUGCUCAGAUAUCAGUAUGGGGAGUUUACAAUGGCGACACUGAGUUGAAGAUUGAGGAUAUACACGGUGCUGAAACCAUACUGCAAACAUUUAAUCAGAGCGACAACUAUAACCGGAGAACGUUUGUCGUCAACACCAAAGUAGACAAUAUCAUACUGGAAUCAGGAUUGUCCUUCAGACUGAAGGAGGUAGCCGCUCUGGGGCGAGGUAGCUGUCAGGAGAGGGUUGUGGUAGACCUGGGUGUGGUACGGAGAAUAGGCGUGGUCCGCACGAGACACUGGGCCGGGACGGAUACGGCAUACAGCACAAGUCUCACUAUGUCUGUAGACGGACAAAGUUGGGACAAAGUGCGGGAUUUACAGCCUACAGCAUUACACGCUGUAUACACGCGGUUACACUCGCCAACAGAGUACAGAUACAUAGCGCUAGAGUACGAUGUGAAACUGAAGAAUUACAACAAGGUCUACUGCUGGGAAAUAGAUUCCUACGACGAGUUUGGAAUGUGGGGACCUGCCGCGAAGGCAAAACCGAACUCUGUGUCUAUUGGCGAGAUGCUAGGAGUGAACGGUAUCUGGGGAUGGGGACACAAUCCAAAUGGUGCCUCACUGUACAGCAGGGUCGCGUCAUACGCCAGGAACUACCACAAUCUCGACUGGGACGUACGGGACCCAGAUUUCGAUCCGCAGUUUGAACAAAUGGGUCAAGGUCAUGGUACCAAUGCGUCCUGGUGGCUAAAUUGGGACAGGGAAUACAGCACGUGGCGAUCGGCCGGUCUUAAGGUCGACACAUCUAUUCAAUUCCUCAAUAAGACAUUUGCUGCUAAUGUUUGGAACAACCCACGUAAAUCUGCCUACACAUACGGAAGGGAGUUCGGCAGGCACUUCGGCCCUCAAAUAGGUAACGGUCUAGUGACCGCUAUGGAGGUGGGCAAUGAACCAUGGGAUUAUAGUGCCGAUUUCUAUGCCACCGUUUUAGAGGGCAUGACCGCAGGCGUAAGAGAUGUCGACCAGAUAAUGAAUGUCCUUCCUGGAGCCUUCCAAGCUUACACUAUUGCUCCAGAGGAACCAAAAAGCGGAAAUUACAUCGGUAAUAGAGUGAAGGAAGCCGUUGCAACGAAUAUCAGUGUUAUCAAUACGCAUGCGUACAGUUUUAUCACCAAUGAAAACGGCCAGAGAGUAGGGACAUAUCCCGAACAUCCGGAUUCGACAUUCAACAGCAUCAGGAACAUGAUUCGCUGGAGGGACGUCAACACCCCUUGUAAACCUGUUUGGUUGACAGAGUGGGGCUGGGACGCUGACGGCGGGCAAGAGAACUGUUUUGCUACAGAAUGCGUUACGGAAAGCGCCCAGGCACUGUACGGAGCCCGUGCGCUCUUCCUGUCUGCACGUCUCGGCAUUGCCAGAGCCACAUGGUAUUUCUACGCGAACAGCGACACCUGUAACACAUUGUUCUGCAGGAGCGGUUUAACUACCUCUAUCAAACACAAUUUCACGGAGAAAGCAGUUUUUCAUAUGUUCGAGUCUGUUCUUGGUAAAAUGGGAAAGAGUUAUUUCCGUACUGCAUUAAAAGAAGAUGAUCGCGGACACGUGUACCUAUUCGGCCAAGCCAAUAUCUUCCAAAACGUGACACACCUAGUCGCGUGGCUCCCAUUGGAUGCUAGUGACGUCACAAUUCAAACAGAAACAGUGCCACUGCCUCUCUCAUUACGUCCUGUGGCGGCAUGGCGACUCACCGGAACUAAUGCCGCCCUUCAGGACGAACCACUGCCCCACACCCAAGGCCUCAGGAUGACGCUGACCCUCUCUAUCAGGCCACUUAUCGUGAAAGUGACGUCACCAGACCCUGUGGCUACUAUUGGCUGA